AUGCUGAUUCAAAUCAGACCUAAAUAUAAAAAUAUUACUAACUAAACAUUUCAGACUUCAUAAAAUAUAAGUUAAUAACAAAUAUAUCCCUAACCUGAUGAUAAUAUAUAAGAUUUUCACGCUUUAGGGUUAAAUACCUACAAUUAACCAAAUUAUAUUACAAAUUAAUAAAUUUAGUUAAAUGAAUAAAUGAUUGUAGUUGAAGUAUAUUUCAUAUUAUCAUAAUUAAGAACUCUCGAAAGAACUAAAUUAUUAUAAAUUUAAAUAAAAAUACUAUUAAAAAAGUUAAAAGAUAUAUAGAAACUCCUUAAAUUUUAUUAGAACAAUUAAAAAAUAAAUAAACUGAUGUAUAAAUAUUUUUAUUAUAAUAAGAACCCCUCUUGUAGAAUUUGUCUUGAACAAGAUUCUUUAGAUAAAUUAAUAAGUCCAUGUAAUUGUGAUGGUACUAUUAAAUAUAUUCAUAUGGAUUGUUUAAAAACUUGGCUUUUGAGUAAAUUUUCAAUUGAUAAUCUGAUUGAUAGUAAAGUUAUAACAAAUUUAGUUUUAGGCUUAAUGUGAAUUAUGUAAUAGCUAUUUAUAGUGUUAAUUAACUUUCUCGACUAAAUUUGUAUUCUAAAGAUUAUGUUAAAUGAGCAUAAGUUAAAAAUUAUUUUUUUUAAUUUUUCCUAUGCUUACCUUAAUAUUAUUGAUUUUGGGAAUAUAUUUCAUUAUUUAGAGCACAAAACCAAACUAAGAUUAAUAUUCUUAUAUAUUUGGAGUAUGUAUAUGUAUACCUGCAUUUUUUAUGUUGGCUUAUUUAUUUAUUACAAUGUUAAUUGAAGCUGUUAAAGUUAAGUUUGUAAAAACUUGGACUAUUUUAAACUAGGAUACUAGAAAUGAUACUGAUGUUAGUAUUAAAACAUUAAAAGUAAGAGCUAGAUCAUAGUCAUUGCCUUAAAUUCCUCAAGAAAAAACAAUUUAAGAAUAACAUUUUGGCAAAACUAUUUUCAAAUAUAUUAAAAGAUAAUAAAUAAUAUGA